UUCGUGCUGCACGUGUUUUGUUUACGUCCUUCGUGGUCUCACGUAAAGUCGAUUUAUUUAAGCUUUUUUAAAAGUUAGAUGUAGUUCAACUUUUAAAAGUUGGUGGUUUCCCCCCAUUUUUUUCAAUGUAACUCAGUAGUCAAAGUGUAGUUCAGACUGUUGAGAGGUUUCGGAGAUUUGAAAGGAUGGAGGUAGAGGAGAAGAGUCAGGUUGUCCACACAGCUCCUGCAGGAGAAGCAGUGGGAGCAGGAGAGCUGUCUCCCAAGCAUGAGGAGGUGCUAGAGGAGACCCAGACAUGUGGUGCAGCUCCCGAUGAGGAGGAGGAAGAUGAGGAUGCUCUUCCCCAUUCAGAGAUUCUGGACAUUUUCGAGGAAGGACUGGCUCGACUAGUGCAGGACCCUUUACUCUGUGAUCUGCCCAUUCAGGUGACUCUGGAGGAGAUAAACUCUCAGAUUGCUUUGGAGUAUGGCCAGGCUAUGACUGUCAAAGUUUUAAAGGCAGAUGGGGAAGUCAUGCCCAUUGUAGUCGUACAAAAUGCUACGGUCCUUGAUCUCAAGAAGGCCAUUCGCCGGUUUAUGGAGCUGAAACAGCAGCGUGAAGGUGGAGUGAAACACGUCAGCUGGCGGUAUGUUUGGAGAACAUUUCAUUUAGUAUUUCAGGGGGAGAAGCUGGAAGAUGACAAGAUGAGGCUGAAAGAUUAUGGGAUCAGGAACAGAGAUGAAGUGACAUUCAUGAAGAAACUCAGGAAAAAGUGAAGUGUCACAUGACUACUGCUGCUGCUGCAGCCCUCGGAGACCAGACCCGACGGAGAUGGGAUCAUACAACUGUAUCUACAUCUCAUUUUGACCACAUGUAAAUGAAAUAACAGGUUGUUACUUUUGUUCUUUUAUUGGAAAAAUGUCUUCAAAUAUUAAAGUAUUUUUCUUUUUCAAA